AUGACACCUGCUACCUAUCAUCCAACACACAGCCGGACCCUUCCCCCACCUGAUCAAGUGAUAACCACCGAAACCAAAAAUAUUCUUUUGAGGCACAUGUAUCAGAAUGAUGAAGAGAAGUUGAGACAAAAGCGAGCUGCAUCAGAACAUCUUUUACCAGAGCAUGGAUCCAAGCAACUUAGGGCCUCUGUCUCAGAUAAUGCAAAACAAGCUUAA